CUAUGUACGGUGAGACACCAGCGAUUUCUGCUGCAGGAGGUCAAAGCGUCGUUGUGAAAACGCUGAAGCAAACAGGAAUUUUGGAGGAAGCCGAGGUCGUUUAUUCCAGAGUCCUGUCUCCCGAGGUCGUUUAUUCCAGAGUCCUGUCUCCCGAGGUCGUUUAUUCCAGUGUCCUGUCUCCCGAGGUCAUUUAUUGCAGCGUUCUGUCUCGCUAUCGACAGGAAGCAUGGAGUGUGUUUCUCUGGCCCUGUUCCUGCACGUGUCCCUGCUUCCGUCUGUGUGUAUUGUGGCCUGGCUCUCGUUCCUGCAGCACAGAGUGACAGUUCAGCCCAUUGAGCAGCGCUUUCCGUACCUCCGGGGCCGCUUUGGCAUUGUGGUGCCGCUGGAUUUCAUCGGCAGCAUGAGCAACCGCUGGUCGUAUGGCUUCGCAUUCGGCGCCAUCACCCCCAGCCUGCUGCAGCUGUUCUCAGACACGUACGUGCCGCUUCACGUCCCCGUCUGGGCUAAAGUUUUUGUGUAUCUGUUGGGGGCACUGGAGGUGGGCGUGGCCUACAUGCCUUUCUUUGUCUGUCUGUCAACGCCAAAUCAAGCAUUUGGAGGAGUUAUGGGUCUGCUCUACACACUUGCCUGGCUGAUUGUGCGACUGUGGGAUAUUGCUACUUGCCCUGGUGGUCAGGUUCUGGGUGAUUAUGAGAAGUUACUGAUCCAGUGGCCCUGCUUCCUGUGUCUGAGCUUCCUGAUGGGACGCUUUGUCUGCAUGGUGGUGAAGGACAUACGAAACCACUUCCAGAUCCAGAGUGAGGAGGUGAAAGAGGAGAUGCUGGCUCAGUCUCACCAGUUCCAGUAUAUACAAACACUACUGAGACGCCCCCCUGAACAGUUGAUGAAGAAGAGCUGGUUCAGGAGGAAGGUGUACGACUGGGAUCCUUAUUUCAAAUUUCCCAACAGGAUGAUCGGCACGGCCGUCAUCUCCCUCAUCGGACUCUACACGAUGACUCUAGGGGACUAUGGGCUGAGUGGUUAUGUGUUCAGUAAGCUGGUGUCUCUGUCCGAGUCUCUGGAGCAGCUAGCCCAGUCCUGUAAUGGCAGUAAUAACACGUUUAUCACUGUCCUGCCGUACGUGGAGGAAUUUGGCCAUGUAGCAAAGAGGACCUGGUUCAUCACAAUAGCAUCGACCUCGCUGACGUCUGUAACCUACACGUUUCACGUGUUAGCAUGCUACAGGAAACAUAUUAGGAGGUUGUGGGCUGGUGAUAGGACCUUUUUGCCUGAGAAGUUCCACAAACCAACCUCUGCUAUUAGUGUGGCUGCCAUUACGAGGUAUUCUGGCUGGCAGAUCGCCUUUACACUCUGGGGUUACCUGAUAAUGCACUUUGUGCAGUUCACGUUUGCGAUGCUGUUUGUUUAUUUGGUGGUGCUGCCCAUCCAGAAGGGAGGGUUCCUCUCCUGGUUCUCCAACCUGGCCAUCAUACUGUUGACCAUCUUCUUUGUGGUUGCGCUAGUAGUGGUGCAGAUUGUGUUGGUUCAGAUCUUCUUCCUGCAGGACAAACUCUCCCCAGAGGACAAGCAGAAGCCCCUGGCCCUCAACAACAGAAAAGCCUUCCAUAGCUUUAAUUACUUCUUCUUCUUCUAUAACGUCGUUAUGGGACUGAGCAACUGCAUCUUACGCCUGGUCAACAGCUGCAUUGUGGGUACCUGGCUUGUGUCACGCAUCGACCGGACCAUCAUGCAACGGGGCUAUGAGCGCUUGGAUCCAGGCUACUGCACAUGGGUAGGAAUGAUAACAGCGGAUCAUUACCAUAGCAACCCUAUUAUGGUCUGUUUCUGCCACUUGCUGCUUAAACAGACUGCAGCGAGACAGAGAGAACCUAAUACUUAUUCACAGUUUGACAACAUAGACUGUCCAGCAGGGAGCAGAGUUUGCACUCGCUGGCUUCUCUUCUACACUCUGUUAAAAAACCCAGGGCUCAUUCUACUCAGGAAGAGACGGCGCCACACUCAGGACCUGCGGGCCCUCGCCUGGGCUAUGACAUCACAGAUCGAGGGAACAGGCUCUCCAGUCAGCGGAGUGUCUGACAUCCCACAAUUCCCUGUGUCCCAGGAUAAGAACACACAGGACUAA